AUGCAACGCACUACACUGGCGACAUACGACGAACUGCUGACGGCAUUGAUGGAAAGUCGUCGCUUGUUCAUCGCGGCAAGCCUCACGGACUGCGGGCAUCCCCUGCCACCCGAGGUCUACUUGGCGGAGGGGGGAUCCACUUACUACUACUUCUACGUCGUGCCGGGCGAGGCAGGGGAAGACGUGCUCGUUGUGGAAUAUCCCGGCUUUGCCCUCAGCGAGACCGGGGAGACGACAGUCGUCAUUAUGAAUAGGUUCUUCGUCUCCCGAGAUGGAUCCGUCUCGGUCAAGAUCAAUCAUUACAAUAGCUUCACCUGGGAAGAUGAAUACCCCUUUCCCGAAGGAUUCCAGUGCGUCCUUGGGGAGUCCGCCAGGUUUCGCUAUGACUCAGGCGAUACGUACGACUCAUUUUCAUCGUAUAGCGAAUUGGAAACUGCAUUCUCGGAAGGGAAACACAUCCGAGCUUCAUUUGACUCAUCUGGCUGCGUCUCGCCCAACGACACAAUCCCCGACAUUGCUGGAGAGCGAACGUAUCUUUUGACGCUGCCAUGCGUUUCAGAUCUGAAGAUAGAUCUGAUCUCCUGGAGGUCGUUCCACGACCUUGAAAAAACGGAAUUGACAGAUUACUCGGAAGUUGUGCAGGCGGAACUGGACGGAGCGGUAAUGUCGAUAAUGCUGGACCUCGAUGAAUGCGUGGACCCGACUGGCCAACUUGAUCUUUCUGGUUCGGUCUUUGGGUCUUACUUCCAAGACGUCGUCAUUUUAGACCCCGAUACCGCGGAAGCAGUGCUGUAUGGCGGAGCAGGCGUUUCGACCAGCGAUCCCGUCAGUGGAAUCGCCUACAUCUUCUUCGGAGUGAUGAUCGAAGCGAGCAACAAUGCCGUCAUCCUCCCAGGCUACUGGCAUUUCAACGAAAACGGCGAAUGGGUGAACGACUACGGCGAUGCGAUAUUGGAAUGCUCCCUCGGCGGGGGUGUCACGAUCAUCAGGGAGGCAUGAGAGUUCAUUCGAGUCCUUUUCAUUCAUUUAUUCAUCCCGCCAAUUUCCGAUAAGAUUUCCUUCUCUAAUUCUUACCGAGAAUGGGUGGUCCAUGAAAUAAAGUUUGACCGA